AUGGUUUUCCCAAACUUGAUGAACUCUAGGGUUUUGAUCCUAUGUGUUUUAGUUUUAGCAACUCGAAAUUAUCAAGCAUGCGCUUUUCGUAAUUAUAAAACUUGGACUCCAAGUAAUCCAAAUAAUCCAAAACAUGAUGAAACUUCCUUUAGGGGUUUAUGCGCUGAUUCCAUCACUACCCAAGGAUAUAAAUGCCAAGAAUUUGAAGUUAUAACAAAAGAUGGAUAUAUUCUUAGCAUUCAAAGAAUUCCAGAAGGUCGAUCUGAGUUAAGUAGUAACGUGACUAAGAAGGAAACAGUGGUAAUACAACAUGGAAUAAUGAUGGAUGGAUCAUCAUGGUUUAUGAACAGUCCAAGCCAAAACCUGCCUAUGAUUCUUGCUGAUGAUGGCUUCGAUGUUUGGAUUACUAAUACUAGAGGAAGCAAAUAUAGUCGCAAUCACACUUCCUUAGACCCCUCUAACGAGAAAUAUUGGGAUUGGUCUUGGGAUGAAUUGGUCAGUGAUGAAAUGCCAGCUAUUAUUGAUUUUGUCUUCAACCAAACAGGGCAGAAGAUAAAUUAUCUUGGCCAUUCUUUGGGAACUUUGGUAGCUUUGGUAUCUUUGUCAGAGGGUAAUUGGAUAAAUCAGGUGAAAUCAGUAGCAUUGUUGAGUCCUAUUGCCUAUUUGAAAAAUAUGAAAACUAAACUUGGAGUUAUGAGUGCAAAUUAUGUAUACGGCAAGAAAUUUACUCCAAGGGACAUUACUGAAUUUGAUCCCAAAGGACAAAGAGUCCUAGACUUUGUCGAUGGUAUUUGUAAUCACUAUGGACUAAACUGCAACAACCUGUUUUCUGCACUAACAGGUGAAAAUUGUUGCUUAGAUGAAGCAGCUUUUGUUCGAUUCAUGAAAGUUGAACCUCAACCAACGUCAAACAAGAACGUGAUUCAUAUAGCUCAUAUAUUUUUAAGUGAUAGUUUGGCGAAAUUCGACUAUGGGAGGCCUCAUCUAAACAGGUUCCAUUAUGGACAACCAAAACCUCCGAUCUAUGACCUUUCAAACAUUCCUAAUGAUAUUCCAAUUUUCAUGAGCUAUGGUGGUCAUGACGCGCUCUCCGAUCCCGUCGAUGUUAAUAAAUUACUUAGUAUACACUUUCAGAACCAUGAUAAAGGCAAGCUUAGUGUUCAGUUCAUUGAAGAAUAUGCUCAUGCUGACUACAUGAUGGCUGUAAAUGCCAAUGAGUUGGUGUACAAAAAUGUUUCAUCAUUUUUCAAGCAGAAAUUUUGA